UUUCUCCUCUUCCCCCGACGCAUCUUAUUCCAGAUUGUAUUUGUAUUUGUUUGUUGAACUAUAUUUGAGUUGAUGUGAGGAGAAGAUUAGUCCGACUGUGGCCACAACAUCUGCCGGUGCAGCUCUGCAGCAGGAGGCUGGACCGGCCCUGAUGCUCAGAGGGUUUUACACUGUGAAGUCGUUAGUUUAAACAACAUUAACUCCAGUGAAAAGUCACAGUAGAUUCUUUUAAAAAAAUCAGUUUAUUAAGGCCAUGGACAUGUCCAACUAUUGAGCUGGCACCCACUGAUUGAACAACUUAAUAGAUGAUUUAUCCAUUUGUUCAUUGCAUCACAAUGCAACCGUGCAUCACAUUUCCUGCUUCGUUCAUGACCACGCACCUCUCGUGUGCUUUCUCGAGUUCUUGCAACAUCUAGCAGAGUUAUGAUGAGAACAAAACGGGGGCAGGAGGUCCCUCCUCUUUACGGGACAGUAGUGUGGACUCGGGGCAGAGAGGUCGGGCAGGUUAAGAUCAGGGGAGGUGUGGUGGCAUCACGGGAGGAAAGAAGAGUGUUGUUACGUCGGCCUGUUGCUGGAUGCUGUGACAUCUAUCGCCACAUGAACAUGUUUCUUUUUAAAUUUUCCCAGUCUGGAAGUUGCUGUGUUCUUCUGAACUCUGUUUAAAAAGAUUGGAAUGAAGCAAAUCUGUCUAUCUUUCUUUCUUUGCUUCAUUUAUACUCUUAAACUCUCUCUCUCGCUCACACACACACACACACACACACACACGCUGUCACAUGAUCGCUCAUGCCCUGUUUGAGUUUGAGAGUGAGCCAACGCCGCUCACUGGCUAAUUCUGACCAAUCAGCACAGAGAGCCAGAGAGGGAAAAAGCAGCACUAUAUACCUCAGUUAUGUGGCUGGUGAAAUUCAUAGGCGGGCUGCAGCCUUAAAGAGGCAGGACCCCCGUGUGACCAAAUAAAGAUCCACGAGACCCCGGCUUCUCCUUGAUACACUGCAGAUGUUUUUCCUUGGGCCCUGGAGUCGUCUCGCUGCGUGAAUACAUAGCUGAGCUCUGCGUACAGGACUCGGGGGACUGCCUCCGGGAGAACAUGCAGUAUAUGAUGAGGUCACUGCAAGACCUGAAACAACUGCGGAAAUUCUGCCCCGCAGUCAGACGCCCCCUCGCUCCCAUCGCAAACAAGCUCCCGGAGUUAGCGCGGCACUCUGCAGUGGCACGUGCUUGUCAGCAGCGAGCGAUGCGACGCGAACUGCACACGCGCCUGCGGAUGUCGGACGCCAGCACGGCCAGUACGUACGACUCCGCCUGCUGCCUGGCGACUCCUCUGGAGGAAGAGGAGGAGGACUCGAGCAGCCGGCUGGAUCUGAGCCUCAGACUGGGCCUGGGCUCUCCCAGCAGUCAUAAGAGUCUGGAGUUUGACUCGGGCUACUCUGAGGCGUCAUGGCAGGAUGAAGGGGUUGUUCUCAGGAGGACGAGGAACGUGCGGGUGUCCUCUUCAGCCUGCCUCCGCACAAACCGAGCGCCGAGCGGACGUGUCCGGCCCAAAUCCACCUCUGACGCCUGUCUAGAGAGGUGGACGUCGUUUGAGGUCAGUGACCCCGGGGACUGGACAAACUCUUUAUUGACCAGGGGACGCAACCGCCAACCUCUGGUGCUGGGAGACAACAGCUUUGCAGACCUCAUACAGAACUGGAUGGACUUGCCAGAUUGCCCCGAGCCCUCUGAUCUCGAGCCGAGCUCGAGACAAAGAGCGGGAAGAGGUUUCUUUGUCAACAUGAGGAGGAAACUAGCUGGGUUUUCUAAGAGUGUCGAGGAACGAGUGAGGAUGAGAUCCGCGGACUCUGCUCGCGUUAACAGAGCUGCGAACGCCCCAAAGCGCCUCUCCUGUCCUGUUGUGGCAUCGCAGCCCAAAGUGCCUUUUUUCCACCAGUCCCACUCAGGCAUCAAUGAGCUGGACACAGACGUUUACCACUUCGCGGCCCUCAUGAAGUCGGGCAGCCGGCAGCCGAUUAUUUGCAACGACAUCUUGGGCUACAUCUGACACACCAGUUUCCCCGCAGAGCCAUGUACAGACAGAUGGACGAUCCUCAGAGUCACUUUAUUUUUAUAUGAAUCUUUUUGUGUUCACUUUUUAUAUACUGUGAUUAAACUAUUGGAAAUAAAAAUGUUUUUCUCAUAA